CUGCGGUCGGACAAAGUGCUCUAAGCAGUGAAGUUAUAAAGCAAAAUUCUUCCUCGCGAAACUUGUAGUGAAGUCACUAUGAUAAACUUCUUAUUACGAUUUACGAGUGUGACAUACACAGUUGGAUAGACUUCCUCUUCUUCCUCUUCGCCUCGCUCUGUGCCCAUCUUUAGCAAAUCCGCGGACAGAAUGUCAGUGGAACCGACGAAAUAUCACCAUCAAUCGUCUGUGGCAUCUACAAUUACACCAUCCAAGGGCCACUUUCGAUCUUCCUCGCUGGAGAAUAAUAUUUACACACCGAUCAAGAGUGUCACAGCCUCUUCGUCACCCCUCACAUCGCUUCAAUUACCCAACACUGGCAUCCCAUUUAGCACUGGGACCCUCAAAUCCAGGCGAGAACAGAAACGCCUUACGGACAUUGUGGCUCAGCAUCAUCGCAUGAAUUCUGUGGAUGAUCUCAAUAGUCGAAAGUCACAAUUUCGCCUUAUUCGAGACAUUUUUGAGCAGAACAAACCAGCAAAUGAUCCAACACCAACCGCUGAAAGCAAUUCUGUCACUGUUGGUGAUGCCAAGCCACCGAAAAUUCAAUCUUGCAGUGGAGUUCUAGAACAGGGGAAACAAGUGAUAAGACCCAUUGCCUUCAAGCCUAUUCCCUACACUCACGCAGAGCCAGUGAAUCAGAGAUUCAGCGACUUGGGCGAUCGCUAUGGAUCAACACCAUCACUAACUCCCAACAUUGGCAGUAAUCUGAAGUUUGGCAGCACAAGCGACUUGAGAUACAAUUGCAGUGUUGGCAACCGUAAAUCACUGCAUUGCUACAACACAUACGACAGCCUAGAAUCAAUAUCAAAGUCUCCCGACUCGAUAGCAACUAGUCACAGUACAUUCAGAAAGACAAUAAUGCCAUAUCAUCAUCACAACAAUCACCAUCAUCAUCAUCAUCAUCAGGAUCUAUUGGAUAUGACACCAUCGCCGUCAGAUUCUGGAAUAUCGGAAUUAGAGGCGGCACUGCGUGAUCGUGACUCGGAACUUGCAUACUUGCGCCAAACAAUGGAGCACAAUGAAAAAGUAAUAUUUAAAGUUCAUCAGGACAAGGAGAAACACUGGGAAGAUGAGGUGAAGCGCAUCAAAAUCAUCCACGAGAGUCGCUUGCGCGCCAAUGCGCAGAAGAUACAGAAGUUAGAGCAGAUGCUCAUGAUGCAAUCAUUUCAGCUGCGCCAGCACAAGAAGCGAUCAGCUGAAGAUAUUGAUCGACUCAACGGCACAAUAAGUGAGGUGAGAGAUCAAAAUGAGCGCUACAGAAAUGAAUUGUGUCACAUGAAGAUCACAGAAAAAGACCUCAAGGAGCAAAAUAGCGAUUUGACCGAGGAGGUGCAAAUACUCCGUCGCAUGAUUGCUGACUUCAAGACACGCCUCGAGGAGACAGACUGGGCCAUUUGUCAGAAGAGUGGUGAAACAGCCCUGCUCAAGUCACAACUCCGCGACGCUCAGAAUGACCUCAUGGCGAAAGAUCACGAGAUUGCCCAACUCCGCAUUGAGAUUCGCAACCAGAAUUGGGAAGACAAGAAUCACACAUCACACCAAAACAUCCAAGACAGUGCAAUGGACACAGCACUCGAAGUGUCUCAACUCAACAGAAUCAUCAUUCUUAAGGAUCAAGUUAUAAUGGCCAUGACGAAUGAGAUUCAGAAGCUGCGGAAGGAAUUGUCUGAUGUCUCACUGCUGCAGAGUUACGAAGGCAUUCCACCGGGUCGAAACACCGCCUGCAAAUACCGCAGAGAUAUCCUUGACUUUCUCUAUGCUGAGAACGACACAAACUCCGGAGAGGAUCGCGACAAGUGUCCAGAGAAAGAUAUCACCAAGUUUAUCAGCAAGAUCGAAGAGACCAAGAGAAACACACUGCAGGACUACCCAUUCCUCGCUAAAGUGGAAAAUAACACAGACAAGAGCAAGAAGCCAUCGCUGGACGAAAUGAAGACCAUAUUCCUCAACAAUCAGAUCUAUCCAUACGACUGCAAGGACAGCGUCAGCAAUCUCUUCAACAUGACCCUCAAUUUGCUUCAACCCUCCUCACCGGCGAAAAACCCCAGCGAUCCCGAAGAUGAGACCAGCAGUGAAACUGAGAGUAGCAAAGCAACGGACUCUCAAUCGUCAUCACCCACAUCAACAGCGGACAGCACAGUGAAGACCCUCCAGACGGAGCUCGAGGAGGCAAAGGCCAGUUUCGACCAAGAGAGAGUCAAGUGGGCUGAAGAGAAGGAGAAGGUACUCUUCUACCAGCGACAACUUCAACUCAGCUACAUGCAAAUGAUUAAGCGCACACAACUGCUCGAAGAGAGGCUCAAAACAUGUGGACUUGGUGAAGAGAGCAGUGAGAAAAUAGUAGCAUCUUAGAAAACAAUCGCACUCAAUAACUGCACUAUUAUACGCAAAUUCUCCCACGAGACUCACACACAAACUCACUUUAGAGGCAUUGAAGGCAUUAUUACAAUUUGCAUUCCGUAUUCAUAUGAGACGCUUCGCCGUACCUUGAAUGAUAGGCUUUUUGUCUUAUCUCAAUUGUGUAAUAAUCGUAAGAAAAAAAGUAUGAAAAUUACUCUCUAACAGCACAUCGAAAGAAUCAAUUGAUUCAAUAUUAUACUCUAUUCUCUCAGCACUGCGUUAUAAAUUAGAUGCACAGUACGAAAUUUGAUUAUCAGCCACAAUUUAUAUUCCAUUCUUAUUUAUUACAUGCUGUACAUAAAUGAAUUUUAGAGCAAUAAACAAAACAUUCUACUGAGAAAUUCUACCCUUUCUCGCCAAAUCAAGUGUAUAAAUUUGAGGAUUUGUUCUCAAAACAUUCCGAUAUUCCUUCUCGAGUCUCGCAAAGGUCUUGCCAAUACCACGAGGAGUUGAUCUUUUGACUUCCAUCAGUGUCUUUAGACGACUAUUCAAAGCCCUUUUCUUAGCACUUCGCGGCAUUCUUGGCGUACUUUUCAUCCUCAACA